AUGAACAUUAACGCUAUGGCCAAUCAUCCGUUAUUUCCACAAGACCAUUUGCAACAGCAGCAACUGCCACAACUGCCACAUUAUGCGGAUAUUCCUCAAAGCCUCACUCCGUUGUUGAGCCAUCAACUGUUGUAUGGUUUUGAUGACAAUUCAAUGAAGAUUGAAGAAUUGAAAAACUCACCAUCACAAGCACUGCAUCAACAGCAACAACUGCCACGUAACUUACAGAUUCCAUCUCAAAAUGAUCAACUUGACCUACUUCAACAAACUCCUCAACGCAGGUUUCCACCAUCAACUGGUCAAAGUCCCUUGUUUGUCACUGAUGAUUCUCCUGCAGACCAAACAGCUCAAGACUCGGAACAAAAGGGUCACGACUUGCAACUAUUCAACAAGAACCAUAUUGAUUUUGAUGACAUGACUUUCCCUGAGCUUAAACCUUUGACUAUGCCAGUGUCUACCCCAUUCAAGCUUGAUUUGGGAGAUCUGUUGUUGCCAGAAAUAAAGCCACAACCACCAUCACAACCAUCCAAAAAGAGAAAGGAAAACAAUGGACCCAAAACUAGACCUGCUUUUGUGAUGAAGAUAUGGUCUAUGGUCAAUGAUAAAUCUAAUGACGAAUAUAUUCGCUGGAACGAAGAUGGAAGAACUUUCCAAGUGUUUAAACGUGAGGAUUUUGUGCACAAGAUUCUUCCUGCUUAUUUUAAGCAUCAAAACAUGUCGAGUUUCGUUAGACAAUUGAACAUGUAUGGAUUCCACAAGGUUCAAGAUAUAACCAAUGGUACUUUGUACCCGAAUGACGACAAGAGCGGUGGCGAUGAAGUUUGGCAAUUUGAAAACCCAAAUUUUAUACGUGGUAGAGAAGAUUUGCUCGAUAACAUUGUCAGAAACAAGUCAGUAUCACAAGAUGAAUCGCAACAAUUGACUGACCCCCAUACCAUGCCCACUGGCGAUUUGAGUUUUAUACUUUCCGAGUUGAGUCAAAUUAAGCAAAAUCAAACAAGAUUGAAUGAAGAGAUUUUGCGCAUACGACAAGAUAAUCAAAAUAUGUAUAAUGCAAACUAUAUCAACCGAGAAAGAACCCAACAGCAGGGUCGCACCAUCAACAAGAUUCUCAAAUUUCUAGCUGCUGUAUACAAUGAUUCUACAAUCAAACCACAAACGCCAUCGUCGGGUGCCAAUGGUCAAUACACUGAUAUUCCAUACCGUCGUUCUCAGCAACAACCAGAAGGAGUACAAAACCCUACAUACCAGUCUCCGUCAUCAGCUUCAUCUGACCAAAGAGAUUCUUUGGAUGCACAAGAAGAGCAACAAUUUGUCAGGAGGCCGAGAUUAUUGCUUACAAACAGACCAAACACCGUCAAGUCUUACUCUUCACCGUCGAUCGAGUCUAUUAAGAGACGUCGCCAAUCAUCGGCGAAUACAAGCAGACUUCAUCAAGAUUUGGUGAAUGGUGCAGCUGUUGACGCUGCUAACGGUGGUUCUCAUCAUGGAUCCGAUAUUGACCAACUUGAAAAUCAGAUUCGAAGCUCUGAUCAAUCGAUUGAGCAAGUACAAGAUUGGAUUGAGAAGCUUUCACAACAACAGCAGCAACAACAACAACAACAACAACAACAACAACAACAACACCAACAGAGACAGCAGCAACUACCGUAUCAAAUACCCCCUCCACCUAUGCCAAACAUCAAUGGUGGUGACAUUCACAUGGGUCAAACUCCACAAUUAUCAGGCUAUCCCGAUUACGAUGACGACGGUCAGUUUAAUGUCGAUGAUUUCUUGAAAAGUGCAAAUACACCCGGUUCAGUACUGAGUCCAAUGCCAUCGUUCACUGGAGUGACCAAUAAUGGUGGUGCUUCAUCGAAUGGGAAUUUGCAAGGCCAUGCUGCACAACUAGAUCAAUCAUCACAAGAGUCACAAUCACAAUCACAAUCUCAACUGAAUGGGAAAAAGAGAACAAUUCAGGAAAUUUACGAUAAUUGA